UGUCAACAAGUUUCAUCUGCCUGGAUAAGCUAAAACAACAUUCAUCCAAGAAAACGAGCUAAUGCCACUCAUGGGUGAGGAACGGAAAGCGACUGCCACUGCAAUACACUGAUAGAAGAAAUGGGGGCGCUCCUGUCUAAUGAACAGGAAGGAUACGACAAGAAACUGGUUCAGAGACGACCUUGUGUACACCAAUCGCACGUGUCGCACCAACGCUCCCAUGGGAAUUAUCCUUCUGUCCAUAAUCUUCUAUUCCGGUGUCUAUUUUUGCCAAGCCUCUUCCUCAAGCCGCCAUAAGAGGUUUGCUCCAUGCGUACCGACCAAGGCCCCGAAUGACUUAGAUCAGGUAUCCACCUGGUUGGUGGCCAAUCCGGGCUUCGUCUUUAGCAUCUACAUCAGCCCUGACUACGAAGGGAGGAAAAGGAAAUUUCGAAAGGCAGACGGUGACUUCAUAGGAGUUGAAGAAAAGCUCGCAAAUGGUACGGUUCGAACCUUAGUGAAUGUGACCUCCAUGGACACGGGGCAAGUGUUGGUGCAGUCGUCCACUAACAUGGUCCGUGUCCAGUUCAAGUACAUCCUCGGAUGGUCAUUCAAGGCUGCAUACGUCGUCUGUUUCGGACAAGCGCCACAUGACAGGAAGGUUGGACCCUGUCGCUUCGACGACAACGGACUGUCAGGUGUCAUCGAGAGCCCCUUAUACCCAGACCAUUACGUGCGCGAAUCCUACUGCCAGAUGCUCGUUGGUGUACCCUUCGAUAAUGUCAUUCGCUUCACCAUUCACCACCUCAACAUGUGCAACUCAACUGUUGAGAAGCUCACAAUCUGGGACGGUCACAGAACAGAUUCCGAGCCAUUGGCAUCUUUUACAUCAGGCAUGCACGACACACCGUACGUGGUGACGACAUCUACAGCCGAAGCAACCGUCAUGUUCACCAGUCUGUGUCGAGAAAACUCAAAGUGGGACCAGGGCGGAGGCUUCCGUAUCACCUACGAGGCAGUACAUUCCAAUCACUCUGAGUCCAUCAGAUCCAACAGCGAGCUUCAACUGGAAGAGAUCGGCCAAGGGUCAUGUGGGAAACCCGUCCUGGCUGCACCUGGAGAAGCUGUCACCAGUCAGGGUUCCAAGAUUGUCAGAGGACACGAUGCCAAGACUGGUGCUCACCCAUGGCAAGUGCUGUUGAAGGACAUCGAAGAGCAGCGCGCAUUUUGCGGAGGUACUCUCAUCAGCCAUCGAUGGGUUAUCACUGCCGCUCACUGCUUCAAGCAUUACAGCAAGCAACAGGUGUUGGUUGUGCUGGGCAAGCAAAGUCUCACAGAAGAGGAAGACCACGCCAUAACACUUUCUCUGAGGAAUCUCAUCAUCCACCCGGAUUACAACGAGGAAACUCUCGACAAUGACGUUGCUCUCCUGGAACUUAGCGCUGCCAUCAGCUACACGAGGCACAUCAGCCCCGCCUGCUUGGGCAGGACGCAUUUUAUGGAAAGAUCCGUAUUCCACUCUCUCGUGCUAGGUGUUGCCAGUGGUUGGGGCCGCGUCGGUACCAAGGGACCUCAGCCGGAUAAUCUGCAAGAAGUAGUCCUACCAAUCCUCAGUCGAGAGACCUGCAUCGAGGCGGCGAGUGCACGGAUUAAGGAUCGGAUAACAAAGAACAUGUUCUGCGCCGGGUACGAUGACCAAGCUACCGUCAUGGACACGUGCGAGGGAGACAGCGGAGGACCUUUCGUGGUCAAAGUGCGGGACACCUGGCUAUUGGCUGGCAUCGUCAGUUGGUCCGAUAAAGGAAAAUGUGGGAUCCCAGGGAGUUACGGCUACUACGUCAAGGUGAACCGGUACAACGACUGGAUAAGGAGGAUAACAAAGUACCAAGCCGCCUAGAUCCGCAGUUUCCAUUGUCGCCAUUCCAUUAUCCAAUGCCUAUUGGAUGCACGCUUUGGGAAAAAUACUCCAAUAAUCUCCAACUCACGGUGACAUUCCUGUAGGAGUUGUGCAAUCUGCCAAAUGUACUGGCAGGCUCAAUCCAGAUUAAAAGAUAACACCAGUUAUUACUGUAGAA